AGAUGGAGACUUGAUGAGAAUAAUGAGAAAAUACUUCACAAUAAGAAGAUUAAAGGUUCGAACUUCCUUGAUAUGACAAAGACUAAGAAAGAGUUAGGUGAGAUGUUAUGCAAGUAUAAGAUCGAUAGCAAUAAAAUAACAAAAAUUCCACCCUUUGAGCCAGAGUCUGUGAAAAUUGACGAUGAAAUGAGAAGCUGGAGCAGUUUAACAACAGGCAGAAAUAAGGCUAUACAUUGCGAGUAUAUUUCUUUAAUAUUAUAUGUAUCCAUCUAUAUCACUAAAAGAAUCACUAAGAAAGGAAUUACCAUGGACUUCCAGUUUGAAGUUAUAGGCGAAGAAGUAUCUAGCUGA